GCCGGGGCGGGCCCGCCCGGGCGCUGAGGCGGAGGAGCCGCCGCCAUUUCGGUGUCGCUGCGAGCGGGGCCGGGGCAGCGCUGAGGGGACGGCGAUGGAUCCCGGAGCCCGCCCGGGCGGCGGUGGCGGCGCCCCGGGGCAAUCCCGCGAGUACAAACUGGUGAUGCUGGGGGCGGGAGGCGUCGGCAAGAGCGCCAUGACCAUGCAGUUCAUCAGUCACCGCUUCCCAGAGGACCACGAUCCCACCAUCGAGGAUGCCUACAAGAUCCGGAUCCGCAUCGACGACGAGCCUGCCAACCUGGAUAUCCUGGACACAGCAGGACAGGCCGAGUUCACAGCCAUGAGGGACCAGUACAUGAGGGCAGGAGAAGGUUUCAUCAUCUGCUACUCCAUCACGGACCGGCGCAGCUUCCACGAGGUGCGCGAGUUCAAGCAGCUCAUCUACCGCGUGCGCCGCACCGACGACACCCCCGUGGUGCUGGUGGGCAACAAGUCUGACCUGACCCAGCUGCGCCAGGUGUCCAAGGAGGAAGGCUCUGCCCUGGCCAGGGAAUUCAGCUGCCCCUUCUUCGAGACGUCGGCCGCCUUCCGCUACUACAUCGACGACGUGUUCCACGCGCUGGUGCGCGAGAUCCGCCGCAAGGAGAGGGAGGCCCUGAUGGCCCUGGAGAGGAAAUCCAAGCCCAAAAGCAGCGUCUGGAAAAGACUCAAGUCCCCCUUUAGGAGGAAGAAGGAUUCAGUCACUUGAAGAGCAGAAUUCCUCUGCAGAACGGGACAAAAGCUGUGACCUUUUGUAGCCAGAGGAGCUCGGUGACACGCCCACCGAGGGCUGUGCGACACCUGAGGGGACUUUGCCUCACCCUGCCAGGUGUUUUUCUUUAGAACCAUGUUGCCUUGAUUCUGGGUGUUGAACUUCACACCCAGGGACAGCUGUGCUUUGUUUGUUGUGAUUUAUUUUUUACUGGACCCAGCAGGUGUUGGCCACCCAGGGCUUGGUGGCUCUGUCACUUUGGAGUGUUUGUCCUUGGUCACAGCCAGCUGGGAGCUGAACUGUGCAAACCAUUCCUGGAGUUGGAGCCAGCCCCACUGAAUGAAUCCGUGGUUUUCCCAGCUGGAAAAGAGGAUUUUGUUGCUCUCCACAGUGUGAGAGGCUGAACAAAGUGUCAUGGCCUUGGAGGUCACUGAAUUUCUCGUGCCUUCAUGGGACAGAUUUCCCUCCAGGAAAAUGGACGUGGAAUCUUUGUGUGCAACUUCAUCCAGGUGAUCAGAGCUGUAGGUGGGAUGGACACACAGAAUCACAGAAUCAUUUCAGCUGGAAAGAGCCCUGGGAUCAGUGAGCCAGAGCACU